AUGCUGGAGAGAGGGGUGGGCGGUGGGGGAAGAGUCAGCAACAGGUACUCAGAUCAGUUCCCAGCUACAAAACUUCUCCCUGGAGAGAGUCGCCGCGCUCACCUCGGCCAGGCGGUGCGGGGGAGGGGUGGGGGGCUCAAGGUUGUUCAAUCCGCUGAGCAGGAGGGAAGGGCCCGGAGGCGGGCGGGGUUGGCAGGGCCUUUGUUGGCGACAACUAUAAAUGGAACGAGCGCCGCUAAAAAUAGGCCGUCGGUGGAAAAGCGCCGGGCAAGGCUCCUCCUCUCGAUCGAGAGUCCCGGACGGACGGACUUGCGCAGCGGGUCUGUUUGGCCCGUGCAACCCCUGCUGCCAAACUCAUUUUCUUUCCCCGACUUUAGAACAAAGAUUGUGCAGAGGAAGGACUGUUCUAUACAACCUCAACAAGGACAAUAUGAACGAGUUACCACCUUUCCCCAAUCUAAAGGAGGCAGAGGAACUUCAAAUACAUCAUGUUUGCUGAAGAGAGAUGAAUAUGUCCUUGGGUGGCAGAGGAGCUGUGGACGGGCAGGGACAACGGAGUCCCCCACAGCCUGCUAUACCUCCCCUGAAAUUGUACUACUAGUGAGAAUUUAUACUGGAAUGAGCGAUUGGCAAAUAUUGCUUCAACUAGCAGAAGUGCCACCUGGAAUCAGAAAACAGCUAGCGACAUACCUGUAACUGAACAUUAACCGUGAGCAUGCCAACAGUCUGAUCCUGAAAUUCCAGUCAUAUCAUCUUAUAAUUUUGGAUAAUAGUAUUAGCAGUGUCAACUGCAGUAUUAAACUGAUCCUUCUGUAAUAUAAUCAUUUGUUCUAAAUGCUGGCACCAUCAGAUACCGUAAGUAGACAGUUUAGAAUUUUUGUCAUGUGACUUUUUGAAAACUACAACUGACAAGAGGCUGUUACUAAGUUCCUUUUGUGUAUCACAUUAUGAUUUUGUAUUUCUGGAUGGGUUCAGGCUAUAUGCCUGGCAUUAAGCUGGCCCUGGCAAAUAUGCGUCAAGUGUCUAAUGUGUCUAGCCCUGACAGAACUAUAAUUUACAUAACAAUUUCUAAUAGCUGAGAAAAUAGGUUUGACACAUGGUCAAAAUGUGCCACUGGGGACUGUAACCACAAGUCCUGAUACAUGUAGCUUGGUUAUAAGAAACAGAGUUAAUACAGUUAACACUUCUGGUCUUUGCAUCUCCAAAGGUGGUACAAUCCCAGUCCUUGCCCACCCUCCCUGCCACAUACAUGCCAAGCUCUGUAAACCAUUUGGACUAAUUCUCAACUUCACUGACACCCAUCCUAAGGUCAUUUUCUUGAUGCCUGAAAUAAAUCAGGGUCUUUUCAAAGUGUGUUCCCAGACAAACCUGCCCACCAAGGACCCCCACCCAAGUUUUAAACUUUUGAUAGUACCACAAAAUGAUAUCUUACUUAACUUGCAAGUUGAACAUUCAACAUCUGUUUUGAAUUUGGAUUCUUUGAAUUUGUAUCCUAUUGGACAAAGACUUUCCAAGACCACCAUCUCUGAAAUACAGGUUAAAUGUACAUGCUAGGGAUGAUGUAUUAGUGUUCACACUCUUCAUAGUACUUCUGUUGCUUCCUUAAACUGUGAACAAGUGCUGUGCUGUUUUAGUACCAAGUUGUAUCUAACCUAAGUGGAUCUCUUUAUCAUCAUACUUGGCAAAAACUGCCCACUAAGAAGCAAAAAUAUGUCUCAGUAUAAAUGGCUCAUUGUAAAAAAUGAAAUUGAAAGAAUGUUUUAAAUGCAUUUACUAGUUGCCCUGUGAGAAUAAGGUUUACAGUCGUAAGUUGCACAUAAAGGGUUUAUUUUAAAUGUUUUAAGGAUAGAGUUACAUCAUGAUUAUAAAAAUUACUUACAGAAUUAAGUAACAGAUUUAAAGUGUUUAUACUUCUAAAUGCAGAGAACAGGGAACUGUCUACAUUGUUAAAAAUAAAAAAGAAACCAAGCUCUAGAGAUGAAUUUACCUAAUUUUAAAAUGUGAACACGAAGACCUUUGAACUAUACACAUACCAAGAACCAUCCAAAUUGCACUAAUGAUGUAAAAUUUAAAAAGCAGCAUUUACAAGGAACCUCUAAUGAAUGAAAGCUUUUGGGGGGCAGGGGUUCUUUGAUAUGGUUGAAAUUAAUGUGUAUUUGGGGGCUUUAUUUAUAAAAUGUAUCAAUUUAAGUAAAAUAAAAAGCCACCAUAAAAUAAA